AUUCUUAAAUUAUUUACCUAUUAUAAAAGAAAUAGUUAACUAAAAUUUUUUAUAAUUAUAAUUAUUUCCAGGCUUGAAUAUGUCAACCAGCAACAUGUAUUUUCUGGGCUACAGUAGGACAGCUUUCUUUGACAAGUCUUAUAACCUAAUUGCAACCUCCUCGUUGAUAACUCGAGCAACUGCAAAACAACUGGACAGUUGACAGUUUCUGAUAGUAUGUCAGAUCAGUCUGUCCUGCAGGUGUGAUAUGAUGCAUUGAGAUGGACGAGACAUCGUGUUCUUUGGACGGCGCUGCAGAAACAAGCGAAACAUCAUGUAGCCGUUGCGGUCCUGUAUGCACAUGUCAGUCUGGUGAUAAGCCUGAGACGAAACCAAAACCGUUUUCCUGCAGUUUUUGCGAUUACAGAUGUUCGCAUUCGUACCUGUUGAAGAGGCAUGUCCACCUGCACGUAGGUGACAAACCAUUUUCCUGCGAAUUGUGCGGUUAUAAAUGCCUGCUGCCGUACCAGCUUAAAAGGCACAUGCAAAUUCAUGAUGGCACGAGGCCGUUUUCGUGCAGUGAGUGCGAUUACAGCUGUUCAUACAAAAAUGAAAUCAAGAGGCAUGUAUUGACUCACACGGGGGAGAAGCCGUUUUCUUGCAGUUUCUGCGAUUUCAGCUGUACGCGCAAGUUCCACCUCAAAGAGCACGAGCGAAUGCACACGGGGGAGAAGCCGUAUGCAUGCAGGCUCUGUGAUUAUGCCUGUGCUAGGCGUUCGCAUCUGAAACAACACGAGCGUACACACACGGGCGAGAAGCCGUUCUCUUGCAACUUGUGCGACUUCGCCGGCACACAGCUCACAAGCUUGAAACAACACAUGCGCACACACACAGGAGAGAGGCCGUUUGUCUGUCCUGUCUGCGAUCGAAGGUGUGGCUCCAAGGGCGACCUGAAACGCCACUCGCUCACUCAUACAGGGGAGAAGCCGUUCUGCUGCGUUCUAUGCGACUACACGUGUGCCCGUCAGUGCCACCUGAAGCAACACAUGCUCACACACGCACAACGUAAGCCUUUUACAUGUGGUCAGUGCGAUUACAAAUGCCUCACACAAAAGUAUAUGAAAAAGCACCUUCUGGAAGGGUGUAAAAAAGAAAAUCUUACUCAAAAAUAACACCUAUCCUAUUGUUAAACAAGACAAAAAAUUGUAUAUGUUAAAACUUAAUAAAAAAUAUUUUUCUUAUGCCUA